AAUAACCGUUUUUAUAACGGUUAUAGCACUUGUUCGAAAAGUAUUGCCCUAAGUUCAAACGCAACGCAGCGAAAACAAAAUGUCCUCCUCCAAUACGGAUGUGCCCCGUAUUAUGGUCUUUCGACCAACUUGGGAAGAAUUCAAAAAUUUUCCCAAAUACGUGGCCUUCAUGGAAUCUCAGGGCGCACACAAAGCUGGUUUGGCGAAAGUGGUGCCACCACCAGAAUGGGUACCACGUCGAAGUGGUUAUGAGGAUUUGGAUGCGCUCAAAAUUACUAUACCGGCGCCGAUUUGUCAGGUUGUCACCGGCAAACAGGGUCUCUACCAACAAAUCAAUAUACAAAAGAAGCCGCUCACAGUGAAGCAAUUCAGUGAGCUAGCAUCCACGGAGCGCUAUCAAACGCCCAAACAUUUUGAUUAUGAAGAUCUCGAGCGUAAAUAUUGGAAAAAUAUUACGUAUGUGGCGCCGAUCUAUGGUGCGGAUGUUAGUGGUAGCAUCACAGAUACGGAUCAGGAUAGCUGGAAUAUAAAUCGCCUUGGCACAAUUCUCGACUUUGUCAACGAAGAUUAUGGCAUACAAAUUGAUGGUGUGAAUACAGCGUAUUUAUAUUUUGGCAUGUGGAAGACCACAUUCGCCUGGCAUACUGAAGAUAUGGAUCUCUAUUCAAUAAACUAUUUGCACUUUGGCGCACCGAAAACGUGGUAUGUCGUGCCACCCGAACACGGUCGCAAAUUGGAGAAGGUCGCGAAUCAAUACUUUCCAGCGAGCUAUCAAAAUUGCAAUGCUUAUUUACGGCAUAAAAUGACAUUGAUAAGCCCGCAAGUGUUGAAGCAGCACGAUGUGCCAGUGAGUAAAGUAAGUGAUUUCGCGUGAGAUUUUGUUUUUGGUAAAAAACUGGCUUAACUGGAGAAAGGGUGAAAGUGA